GCCGGUCCCCGCCGCUGUGUCGGCAGUCGGGCGUACCGGAGAAACCGGAGCGCUGGAUUCAAGUGUUUAACCCGGUCGUGUGACACUGAGCCGCUCGGUUCCUGCAGACUGCAGGGAUGGGCCGUGGAAUGGAUGGCUGACGGAAAAGGACGAGGACCAAUCACAUGAUAAGAUGCUGGCCCGUAACCGCUUCCUCCUCCUGGUGGCGGUGGGCGGAGCCGCACUGGCCAUCAUCAGUCUGAGCCUCCAGUUCUUGAACCUGAUCCCCACCACUCCCAUACUGGAGGAGCGCCCCUUCCAGGCUGCAGAUGGAGGUGUUGGGCAGGCUCUGGGGAAGAGCAGGAAGAGAGUGUUCCCCGCGCCUCACACCCAGGAGCCCAACCCCAUAUCUGAGGCUUACGGUUACUGUAACACCCCGAACCGCACUGAACAUUCCUGGGAAGGUCACAGUCCUGCUGACUACAAGCUGCUGUCUGUCCAGGUGAUGAUUCGCCAUGGUGACCGCUAUCCACUCUACUACAUCCCCAAGACCAAACGGCCCGCCAUUGACUGCACCUUGUCCUUCAGCAGGAAGCCUUCCCACCCCCUGCUGAACCCCUUCAUCCGUCACAUGGGUCAGGGAAGUCGCGGCCACUGGGAUUCACCACUGGGCUCUGUUCCUCGUCUGCCCAACCACAGUGCCUGUGAGAUGGGAGAACUCACGCAGACAGGUGUGGUGCAGCACCUGCGCAACGGGCAGCUCCUCCAGCAAGCCUACAAGCGCCACAUUUUCCUCCCCUCCAACUGGUCGCCCCGCCAGUUAUGGUUUGAGACCACAGGUAAGAGCCGCACUCUCCAGAGUGGACUGGCCUUCCUCUACGGCUUCCUCCCAGACUUUGAUUGGUCAAAAGUGACUGUGCGGCACCAGUGGAGCACGUUGUUCUGCGGCUCGGCCUGCGACUGCCCCGCCAGGAACAGAUACCUGGAGGAAGAGCAGAGGAGGCAGUAUCGGCUCAGAGUGAGUGAUACUGAACUUGAGAGGACCUACGCCGAUAUGGCACGGACUUUGGGUCUGCCGACCCGCCAGCUCCGAGCUGCAAACCCUAUAGACUCGCUGCUGUGCCACCUGUGUCAUGGCAUCUCGUUCCCAUGCGUUCCUAUGGGAGAUGGCACCAGAGGGUGUCUGACAAUGGCCCAAUUUGCUGUGAUUCGCAGACAGCAGCUAGAUGAUGAGGUGGAUCGGAGGAGGGUGGGGCUGUACCAUAAAUACGCCAUCCUCGCCAUGUACCCCUACCUCAACCGAACUGCCACCAAGAUGGAGCGUGUUGCCAAGGACAAUGAGGCUGGCAGACAGCCUCGUGCAGGGGCCGAGGAGGUCUUUACCCUCUCUUCAGGCCACGACGUGACUGUGGCCCCACUGCUGAGCGCCCUGGGACUAGAGGAGGCCCGCUUUCCACGGUUUGCAGCAAGGGUAGUCUUUGAAUUGUGGAAAAGUCCCCCAGCCACGCAAGGACAAGCAAAGAAGAAAGCUGGUAAAGGUGAGAAGUCCAAGGCGAAAGACGGGGAACUGUUCAUCAGGGUGCUGUACAACGGCGAGGAUGUGACAUUUCACACCACCUUCUGUCGCUCCUACGACCGCCACGCCAACCAGCCCCUCUGCCCUCUGAAGAACUUCCUGUCUUUUGUCAGGAGAGACAUGUUCAGUGUUGUCAACGCUACUUCCUACCAGGAGGCCUGCUACAGGCGUGCUGGUUGACAGAUGGAGAGGAGGGUGACUGAGUAAGGGCGCAGAGUUGGCAGAUGGUUGUACUUGUUUUUUAGUCCUUUUCCACAUUUGAAGAUUGUGCACUUUCAUGCUGCUCAUAGCCUCAAACUCUAAAAUUCCACAUCUUUUAAAUGUAGUCCUUUACAUUCCUGAGCACAAAGUGGCAAACACACACAGUACUGUACGUCAUAUCUUCAUAAGAUCAAUUUCUAACCUUUUACAAACUCGUUUUUUUGAAUACUGUAUUUUGUCUGAAGAGGAUGUGCAAGAGAGGUCAUUCAAGGGAAGUUGUAUGGCACUUAGCCACUUUAUUCCGACAUUCCAUAAUACCAUGGAAUUUUAAAAUUCCAGUAUUCCCAAAAUGCUUGCAAGAAAAGGGAAUUUUGAUGCUGGAAAUACUGUACUGGAAAUACUGUGCUAGUCAUUCCUGGGAAAUACUUUGUUUAUAAUAAAUCUUUUCCAUGAAAAUUACACUUUGGGCUAGUUUUGGCCGCAUUACUCAAUAUGACACAUAUGUCACUUUCUUUUACUGUAUGGGUUUUAUGGGUUUUAAUGUUUAUUCAUUGUGUUAGGCUGUCUGAUUAAUAACAAGGGUUAUUAUUUCUGUUUUGACACAUUGAUUCUGUUUUAGUAAAACUGACUACGGUACUCUGUAACUAAUUAGUUUUUUCCCGUACAUUAAUUUACAGCUACAGAACAUCUGUAUUUAUAUUAAUUGGUGAUACAAUUGAUCACAUUCCACUUUAUGUUUUUGCUUGUAGAACACUGAAUUAAAUAAAGGUUCAUUCUGACUAGA